UGAGAGAGAGAGAGAGAGAGAGAGAUCUUUCUGUUCUUCUUGCUUCUGGGUUACGCAGCAGAGACAAGUAGGGAUGGCGAGGGCGGCAAGGGCGGCGGUGUUGGCGGCGGUCCUCGUCCUGGUCAGCCUCAAUGCGGGGUGGGUCGGAGCUCAGGUGCACCACGUGGUCGGCGGCGACCGCGGCUGGGACGCCUCGAACGCCGUCGGUUCCUGGUCCUCCGGCAGGGUCUUUCGGGUGGGAGACAAUCUCUGGUUCGCCUACUCGGCGGCGCAGGAGAGCAUCGUGGAGGUCGCGAGCCGGGAGGAGUACGAGUCGUGCGACGUGAGCAACCCGAUCAGGAUGUACAGCGACGGCCUCGACAGCGUCUCCCUGGAGGAGCAAGGCGUCCGCUACUUCGCCAGCAGCAGGGAGGAAAGCUGCAAGAGCGGCCUCAAGCUCCACGUGGAGGUCCAGCCGCGGCGAGGCCCUGACGUCCCCAAGAUAGCCACCUCCGAGGAGGCCGUGCUCGCCGCCGCGGCCGAUGCGCCCACGACGCCGUCCGCGGCCGACCGCAUGAGCGGGCUCGCCGCGCUCGUGGCCGCUGGGCUGGGGUGGCUCUUCUUCUUAGGGCUAUUUUAGUAGGCUUAGAGGGAUGUUUUGUCCGGCCCAGAAUAAUCUCAUUGUCUGGACUGAAUCAUGCAAGGCCACGCCUAACGAUCCGGACCUUUUCGUGGUUUUUAUGGUUUUUCUUCUUUUUUUUAUAUUUCAAUGGUGUAGUUUUAAGUAGUAUCAUAAGUACCUUAGUAUCCGUAUAGCGUAUAGCAAUACAUGGUAUACAAAGACUCUUUUCGGCUGAGUAGGCGAGGCGGGCAUAGCACAAUUUGCCGGUUUCGAGAGAUUUUAUCUGAUUCAAUCUACAACUUUGUGUGCAAA